AUGCCUCAUGAAUCUGCACAUAAAGAACUCAUGAAUAUUGUAGAUCAGGCUGAACUUGCAUUGGCCAAACCACAGUACCAGGACAUCCUAGAUGACUGGUCCGAUUUUGGCAAUGAUUCUAGCUCUGGGAACUCACUCUCAACUACUACUUCUAAUGAUAAUAGCACAAUCAAUCUGUCUUUUAGCUCCCCUUCCCCUUCCUCUCCCCUUUUCCCUAUGACAGUGACUUCAGGUUCUUCUGGCAAUAGCUCUAUCUCUUCUGAUGAUGUUGCUUUGCCUUAUGACCGCCUUCUUCACACCAUUAAUGCUCUUUGUGAUGAGGUUAAGAGGGCUUGUGUAUUGCACAAGCCUAAUGAGCCUCCUCCAUGA